UUUUUAUAUUUUCUAGGUGCUUUAGCCGACACUUUACAAGAUAAAACGAUAAUACCUUACGGUGAAAUUCCAAAUUUUCCCGUAAGUACAGUCGAAGGUCACGCAGGUCAAUUAGUUUUUGGAGCAUGUUCCGGAACUUACGUAGUUUGCAUGCAAGGUCGUUUCCAUCAUUACGAGGGUUACCCAUUAUGGAAAUGCGCGAUGCCAAUUCGCGUUAUGAAAUUAAUCGGGGUUGAAUUUCUGAUUGCAACAAACGCGGCCGGCGGAAUCAACCCGGCUUUCAACGAAGGCGACGUCAUGUUGAUUAAGGAUCACAUCAACAUGAUGGGAUUCGCCGGAAAUAACCCGUUACAAGGCCCGAACGAAUCGCGUUUUGGACCUAGAUUCCCACCGAUGUGCAAAGCUUACGAUCGCGAUUUAAUCGAGAAAGCGAAAGAUAUUUGGAAAAAUCAACAAUUCGAUGGGAGGUUGUUUGAAGGUGUUUAUACGUGUUUGGGGGGGCCAAACUUUGAGACAGUGGCCGAAUUAAGAAUGUUAAAAUUGUUGGGUGUUGAUGCCGUUGGAAUGUCAACUGUUCACGAAGUUUUAACAGCAAGACAUUGUAACAUGACUGUUUUAGCGUUUAGUUUGAUUACGAAUGAAUGCGUAAUGGAUUAUUAUGAUCAUAGUCAACCGAAUCACGAAGAAGUUAUUGAUGUGGGAAAAUUGAGACAAUCUACGUUAAGAAGAUUCGUCGAAGAGAUUGUCGCUUAUAUAGCAAAAAAUCGAAUGAAAUAAAAAAUUUAAAUGUGAAGAAUGAUAUUAUUAAUAAUAAUUAUUAGUUAGUCCUA